CUAAUAACUUAUCAGCAACAUUUUUUUAUAAUAUAGGAAGUUAGAAAUAAGAGAAAUUAAUAACCUGUGUUCUUAGGCACCAAUUUGUUUUUCUAACAUUAGGUUCUCAGGCCAGUAAGGGGUCCUGGGUGUCCUCCUAGAGGAGACUGGAGCCCAGGGAGGAGAAGGGACUUGCUCUAGGCCACACAGGGACUUGCUCCAUGCCACCCAUGGGAUGGGAUGCAAAACAGGCCGUGGGAUGGUCAAUGGGUACCUCCUGGGCUCCGUAUGCUGCUCCAGCCCAUCAGCCUAGGCCCCUGGAGACCCUGCCCUGUCCCCGCUUUGCAUCCUGACCUCCCCUUUCCUCCCUGCCUCCUUUGCUGUACCCAGGCCAAUGAACAUGCGUUCUGGCCCUCUGCUGCCCUGUUCAGGCUGUUCCCUCCUGGGGGCAUGCCCUCCCUGGAACCUGAUAUUUCAGUCUUACCUCCCCCUUAGGCUCCAGUUCAGCUGUCCCCUCCAGAAACACUCUGCCGACUGCUCCCCUGCCCCCCAGCUGAGAGCUAUUCCUUUUUCUCCUGGGAUCCCGUAAUUGGGAUCCGCUACUUUCUACCCGCACAGGGACAUUUUGGAAAUUCUACCGCAUGUGUCUGCCUUGUCCUCUCGAGUGUAGCUGUGCUGGCAGAAUCAGAAGCGCACCCCAAGACCCUUCUACCCACCUGCCUGGUGAAGCCCCAGCUCAGAGAGAGAGACAGUUCCUUAGAAUAUGGGGUGGAGGGGGGUGGUUUCCAAAGUAGGAAUAGGCUUGGGAUUUGUGAAGCCUGCAGGCCCCGAGUCCCUUUAUUGAAGUGCAGCCCGGUCACAGGGAGCAUGGCUCAGCACGGCACCUAACACUGUAAUUACAUGUUUGGUUUUGUUAAUAAUCCAAAGGAUUCCCACCAGAAAGUGAGAAAGACUUGGGUCCUAAUUCCACCUCUACCUCUUGCUUGCUGUGUGGCCAUGGGCCAGUUAUCUAACCUCUCUGAGCCUCCGCUUCUGGCACCUGCUUCAGAAGGCAGUGGUUUAGAUAAAGCACAGAGCCCGGCAUGAGUGGUAAACACUCAAUAAGCAUCAGCUAUUAUGAAGAGUGACUGACAGCUGACCACUACUUUGAAUCACUGGUGAAAUAUUAAAUUAUCAUCUAAAUGGCUCACAGUGACUCUGUUUAGAGGUGGGCCGAGGGAGUUCAGCCCAAGAAGAGAAUCUCAUUUUCAGCUUCUGCCAGAGCCAAGAGCCGGAGCAGUUGAGAAAAAGAAGGCUGCACUCUUUGAUGAGCAUCAGGCAGCCUGAAAGCACAGGAUGGAUCUCGACGUGGUCAACCUGUUUGUGAUUGCUGGGGGGACACUGGCCAUUCCAAUCCUGGCAUUUGUAGCCUCGUUUCUCCUGUGGCCUUCGGCGCUGAUAAAAAUCUAUUACUGGUACUGGCGGAGGGCACUGGGCAUGCAAGUCUGCUACGUGCGCCACGAAGACUAUCAGUUCUGUUAUUCCUUCCGGGGCAGGCCUGGGCACAGACCUUCCAUCCUCAUGCUCCAUGGAUUCUCGGCGCACAAGGACAUGUGGCUCAGUGUGGUCAAGUUCCUUCCGAAGAACCUGCACUUGGUCUGCGUGGACAUGCCAGGACAUGAGGGCACCACCCGCUCCUCCCUGGAUGACUUGUCCAUAGACGGGCAAGUCAAGAGGAUACACCAGUUUGUGGAAUGCCUUAAGCUGAACAAAAAACCCUUCCACCUGAUAGGCACCUCCAUGGGUGGCCAUGUGGCCGGAGUGUACGCUGCUUACUACCCAUCGGAUAUCUGCAGCCUCUCCCUCGUGUGCCCUGCUGGCCUGCAGUACUCAACGGAUAAUCAGUUCAUACAACGGCUCAAAGAACUGCAGGACACGGUCGCCGUAGAGAAGAUCCCCUUGAUUCCGUCUACCCCGGAAGAGAUGGGUGAAAUGCUCCAGCUCUGCUCCUACGUCCGUUUUAAGGUGCCCCAGCAGAUCUUGCAGGGCCUUGUUGACGUCCGCAUCCCUCAUAACAACUUCUACCGGAAGCUGUUUUUGGAAAUCGUCAGUGAGAAGUCAAGAUACUCCCUCCACGAGAACAUGGACAAGAUCAAGGUCCCCACGCAGAUCAUCUGGGGGAAACAAGACCAGGUACUCGACGUGUCUGGGGCAGCCAUGUUGGCCAAGUCAAUCGCCAACUGCCAGGUGGAACUUCUGGAAAACUGUGGGCACUCGGUGGUGAUGGAGAGACCCAGGAAGACAGCCAAGCUCAUCGUCGACUUCCUAGCUUCUGUGCCCAACACGGACAACAAUAAGAAGCUGGACUGAGUUCCCAACGGCGGCCUACACGCCACACGCAGCACCUGCUCCCAUCUCCAAAAUCUGCUGUUGGCCACCGCUUCUCAGGGAUCCUGCCGCAGACGUGGUCAGAGCACCCAAGUCCCUGAGGAAGCCCGGCCCCUCCCCCGGAGUCUUGACAGAGCCAUAGAGCUUUGGGGGCCACGAGGAAACCUCCAAGACGUUUUUCACAAGAUGGGAACUCACAGAACAAAAUAAGAAACCCAGCCAUGGAACCUACCAAGAAGUCUUCAAGUUCAUGUCACACGGUGGCCCCCCUUGGACCACCCUCAUCACUGAGGCCCUGUUCUUUAAAACAUUCCUCACAGACUGUCUCAAGGCUUUUCUGUUGCUUCAAUGUUCUCCCCUGCAUGGACAAUGGCUGCUUUAGGAGUGCUAGUCCCCAUUCACUGAGCCCCUCUUGUUUAUGUCUAAUUUGAGUUUUACAUAGAGACCCAUAGGCCAAUGCAGUCCAUCAACUGUGAGACAGAGCGAAAUGGCUGUAAACAUUUUUACUCGCAGGGAGGGAUGUUCUGCCCGUGCCGGCCCUCAGAGCUGCUGCGGAAGCAGAGAACACAGCUGGGUGGUUUGAUGGGCACCCUCCAUGUUGGGUGUGUCCUGAGUGAGCCCAGAAAAGUCCCAGUAUGAGAACAUCUAACCAGGAAAAAUGAUUUCCUGGGAAUCAUUUAUGAUUUUUAAAAACAGGACUGAUAAAGCAAUAAAGUCCUAGACAGCUAUCUAAAUCAUCAGAUUCGGGAUCCACACACGAGCACCUCCUGGGCCUCUUUUCUAUCUGCUGUGCUACUGAAAACCCUUGGAUGUGAAAAACUAGUAUGUUAAUGAAUUCUGUGAAUUCUGUGAACAGUAAUGUGAUUGAAAAUGAAUCUAAACAGCUGUAAAAGUGACCACAAUGACAUGAAAUAAAUUGACUUAAGUCUAGAUUAACAACAUA